AUGAAAAUUAUUCAUAUAUACGUUGUUUUAAAACGUAUUACUAAUAAGCCUACUAUUGGACAAAUGGCUUGUUUUUAUUUCUCACUGGGUUUAUUCAACAUAUUAAUCACUUGGCCAAUUUUUAUAUUCACCUCUAUAGUGACCUCAACAGAAAUAAUAACUUGGAUUUAUUUACCAUGGGAUUAUUUUAUUGGUAUAGGAAUUUCAUAUUUAGGUAUCACUGUUUUUAUGGAUUUAAGUUGUCGUAAAUCGAAACGAGUCAUCCGAGCUAUUCAACCAUUAUGUGCUUUAUCCAUUUGUAUUGGAUGUGAGCAAUGGUUUUGUAAAUGGGCAUAUCUUCGUCUUGGUCAACCUGAUUUAUCAUUAAAAGAUUGUGACACUGCAUUACUACUAUUUCCAGAUACACAAAAACUUAAUACUGAUAUCAAAUCUACUACAAUGACAACAAAUAAUAAUAAUAAUAAUAAUAAUAAUAAUAAUAAUAAUCAUGAUACUAUUUCUAAUUCUCGUUUAGCUAAAGUUCAUUUACAUCGUGGUAAAGCAUUAAUGUCUUUAAAUCGACCAUCGGAAGCACUUUCCUCUUAUUCAUUAUCACGUUAUUAUUCAACAUCAAAAAGUGAAAAAUAUACAUUAACAAAAUUAAAUAAUGAAAAAUGGCCAAAUUAUUUAGUUGAAUAUGUUUCACAAGCUGAAGCUGCUUUAAUUACACAAGAAGCGGAUGCAAAAGCCGAGGCGAAUUUUGCUCAAUCAGCUAUAGGUUUUAAGUCAAAAAAUAUGAAUGAUGGAAAUUCUGAAAUGAUUCCUCCUAGCCAACAACUAUUAUGCCUACUAGCUCAAUUAGCACGAAGAAAUCAAAAUCCAAAAUAUUACAGUGCAGGAUUACGUCAUAUUAAUCGUUUGUUUAUUAAUGCUCAAAAAAUUACGCCUACGACGACAACAACAACCACAACCACUACAGAAGUAAAUGAUGCUGCAAUUCAUAACUCAAAUAAUUCAUCAUCUGAACAUAAUUUUAAAGCAAAUCAAUCUAACGAGAAAAAUCAUGGAGAUGCAAAUCAUAAAUUGGAAAAUUCCAAUCAAAUGAAAUGUGAUAAUCAUUUGUCGACUGAAACUUUAUCCGAUCUACAAUCGAUUUUUCGUAUUAAAAACGGAUUUAGCCUUUUGGAUAAAGAAGUGAAUAUAGUCUAUGAAAUUUUCAAUCCGGAUAAUAAUAAUAAUUCUUCUCAUAAAAAGACAAUAAUAAAACAACCAAAUGUUGUUAUCCAUACAUCAACACAACAUCAUAAUAAAAUUGAAAAUGGAACAAUUGAAUCAGGUGAUAAUAAUAAUGAUGUUGUCAAACAAUCCAAUUCUUAUUAUUAUUCAUUGCUUGAUGAAUCUGAACGGUUGCUUGCUUUACUUCAUCUAGCAGAUUAUGCCACUAUAAAUUGUGCAGAAAAUCAACGUCUACUUAUUGAACAUCAACCAAAUUUAAUUAGAAUUACACUUGCUUGUAUCAAUCUAUCACCGGAGUUUGUACAACGAAUAACACCAACAACACCAACACCACCAACAACACAAUCGUCGUUAUCAUCAGAAAAUGUCAAGUUUGUGAAUGAAGUGUUUUUUUUUCGCUUAUUGGUGUUUAGUCAAUGGUUCUUUGUUGUUGAGAAUUUAUAG